GCUGCGCAGGUGGUUCUUACUAGUCAGGCGUGUUAAUUUGCUUUCUAAGUACGGGUAUAUAUAUAUUUCAGAAAAUAAAUUUGUUUACUGAUACGUCUACUGGUUUAGAAAGUUGUACAUUCUUGGAGAAGUAAAUAGUGGCUUGAACAGGGGCUUUAUUUUUUAGUUUUAUCAAUGGGAGCACAACUAUGUGGGGUAGCAAUAUUGUAACUAAACGCUUUAGCCUAUCAGCUUCGUUAACAUGUUAGUAUACUUUGUUUAACGCGACCAAAGACAAGAGACUACCUCGAAAAAAAGAAGCUCACACACUAGGUAACAACAAACAGCAGAACUGAGGAGCUGCCGCAGCAACAUUGUGCGUCAAAAGUGUGACAGGAAGCAACAGAGGGCCAUGGGGGUGAGGUGACGCUGCCCAUGUGACGGAUGGUCAUCAGGAGAGAUUAAAGAGAAACAUGCCACUACUGCCACAGACAGAGGAAGCAGAACACUUUGAUGGGCUAUCCUUGCUUUACUGGACUCUAAUGGGGCCUCACGGCAUCAAUCGUGCUGUGCAGAGGAUGGAGUUCUCAGACUGCAGAAAGGGCCUGGGUGUGAAAAUCAUUGGAGGCUACCGGGAACUGACAGGUGAAGAGUAUGGAGUAUUCAUUAAAAGGGUCUUACCUGGAGGGGUGGCAGCUCUGGAUGGGCGACUUAAAUCCGCCGAUCUCCUUUUGGAUGUCAAUAACAUAAGUUUAUGUGGGGUUACAACUGAAAGGGCAGUGGAGAUUCUCCGCAUGGCAUCGGCCACCAAUCACAUGUCCCUCCUGAUUGUACGUGAUGAUGAAUCUAGGAAAGAAUUCACAGAUCUAAUGGAAAAAUAUGGCUCCAACAGCAGCACAGGCUCUGGACGGACCUCUCCUACUCUCCUUUCCACAGGAAAGCUGACAGACACAGCAUCAUCUUCAUCAUCCUCGCGAUCGACCAGCCCCCUUCUCCUGAGCCCCAAGGAACCUGGAACGAGUUGCAGCUGCACAGCCACAACACCCGUUGUUGACAACACCAUUCAGUUGAUAUGUGUUGCUAAGGGAACAGGCUUAGGCCUGGUCAUCAAGGGCGGAGCUAACCGAGCUGAGGGCCCUAUGGUGUUCAUUCAGGAAAUUGUGCCGGGAGGAGACUGCCAGAAGGAUGGUCGACUGAAGACUGGGGACCAGCUCAUAUCUGUCAAUAAAGAAUCACUCAUUGGCGUUACCUACGAGGAGGCUAGAAGCAUACUUUUACGAACAAAGCUAAGACCAGACCCGACAGUGGAAAUUGCCUUCAUUAGGCGGAGGUCUUCCUCCAGCUCCAGCAGUGGGCCCCAGAGCCCCGUCUCUCUGCAGCCAGCACUUAACAGAAACGGCCAGAUCCUGAGGCCCACGGGGUUGAGCGUUCUGUCUCCUCCGGCCACUCUGGUUCCUAAGAUGUCUUCAAUACCCAACACUGGAAGUGAGACCUUGCCUUCUGUAAAACUAAGUCAGUUCCAAGUGGACCCUGUAAAGACAGAGCAGGCUUCUGUCAUGUCGCCACUGAGCGCCACUGUUGCAGACUCAAAUGCCGAUCUGGUUUCUGCCUGUGAAAGGGCAGACAGUUUGUCCACUCACAGGAAAGUUUCAAACAGCUUCAACAGCCGCCUAAAGCUCGAAAAGUUGAGGCAGGCGCUUGGGUACCUGGGAAUAACGCCCACAGAAGAUGAGUGGCAGCUGCUGAGAGAGAGGCUGAAAACAGAUCCGGCUGGUACAGUGUCCUGCAGAGAUUUUGAGGCCAUUACCAGAGAGCUCUUCAAGGUGCAGAUCAGUGAAUCUGCACUUCAAGGGUUAAGUAGAUUUACAUCUGAUGAUCUUACUAGCCUUCUGGAAACAUCAAAACAUCAACAGGUUUAUACAUCAGAUUCUGAAGACCUUGAAGAAAUGGAGAGACUAAGGAAAGACCACAUUGAGGCUUUAAGAGAAAUAAAGAAACUGCAGGAUCAGCUGGCUGAGUCAGAAGGCCUUCAGCGUCAAAUGCAAGAGGAGCUAGUGAAGGUUAAGCAGGACGCAAAAUCUGGAGCUGAGGAGACUCAAUCUAUCCGGACCCGGAUCUACCUGGCAGAGGCUGCUCAGAUGCAAGCCCGGGGCAUGGAGAUGGACUAUGAAGAGGUCAUCCGCCUGUUGGAGGCAGAGAUAGCUGAAAUUAAGUCACAACUAGUUGACAAACCCACCCAUUUUAAGGAAAUACAGGAUUUAACAAAAAGAGCUGCUGUACUGGAGAGUCAGUUACGCAAGUCUGAGGCUGCUAAAAAAGAUCUUGAGGUGUCCACGGGGAAGCUGUUGCAAUUUGUGGAGAUAGUCCAAGACUUCCUCACAGAAAAUCAAGCUUCUCUGAGAAAUUACAGUGCACCUAAUGACCCAAGGAUUGGCUUUUUCCAAGCUGGGGCAGCUCGAUUUGACGGGAAAACACCUUUGACUGCCUCAACACUUGUUUUGGAGGCCAGGGAACUCACCCGGUCCAUUAAAGCCAUUCUUGAAGCGGAUUGUAAGUGAUCUAAUGCUGUAUAUUCUAGCAUUGUGCAUUCAAUAGGAAAAAAGUGUCCUUUUGUGAGUUGUCUUGCAUCAAAUCUAUUAGAUAAGGGAUUCACGCCAUUCAGGUCGACUGAUCACCAAUUGUUUAAGUAAGGAUUGCUAUCUGUAAAAAUCAAUGAUAUACUACUGUUAUUUGCUGUAAAAGUGUUAAAGUGUCAUCCUUGUUUACAUUCAGCUAUCGUUAACAUUUUUUUAACAUUCGUUAAUUUUUUAAAUGGGACUUAUGCAGUAUAAAUCCUACUACUCUCAUACUGUUAUCAAUGAGAACUGAAAAGCAUGGCAAAGAAAAAAAACGUGUGUGUGUGUGCGUAUGUGCAUGCGUGUGUGCGUGCGUGCAUGCGUGCGUGCGUGCGUGCAUGCGUUUGUGGUAUAUAUAUAGCCAUUUAAAAGUUGUGAAGUUGUCAACAAAGUCUAAGCACCUUUGAUGAUGAUAAUGUUAAUAGAACAUUCCAAGGGCUGGUUGCACCAGCUGGACUUACCCUUGGCUUGAUGUUACAUCCUGUGUAGGACAUUGCAUCAGAAGCUGUAUUAAAUGAGAUGUUGGAUAUACACCUGUUGCGCUACCUGGACAUAUCUUUAUGUUUUGCCUGGGCAUAAGUCAAGCACCAAGUACAGACAUUAGGAGGCAUUGGUUAAACUGGUUCUCCACAAAUGAAAUUGAGAUAAAUUAUGAGUAGGCUAUACUGUGUUUGUUAACAAAACAAUAUUGUAAUGACUUGUAAAUAGAUUGCACAACAAGAAGCCAAUAAAAAUGUAAUUUGAGAUUAAAGCAUUAAAGCAUGCUUACAUCUGACCGAGACAUUAAAUAUCUAUAUCAAUUUACA